AUGCCCUCUCAGGCGUCGCUUUUGCAGGCGGUGGCCGAUUACCGCAACGGCGUGAUCGCCUUCAGCCAUGGCCUGAGCAAGGAGCAGUUCAAGGAGUACCGGAUCGCACUGCAGCACCAGAUCGCCUAUCCCCACUCGCCCGCCAGUCUGAUGACGAACGCUUGGUAUGGCAUGGACGACCUGAUCGCGGAAGAUCAGAAGGAGCACAGAGCGCGCCUUUUCACGGCCUUUGAAGAGCUUCUGCCUCGCAUGACUGGCAACCGCAAGCCCGAGAUGCGCUACAACCUACUGGCCUUCCUCGAGCGCUACAUCAUCCUGGAGGAUGAGAACGCCCGGUCAUCCGCCCGGUCAUCAGCAACGUCGCAGACUGGAGGCGGCCUGCAGCAGCGCGUCGCGAGUCUCGAGCAUCGCGCCGACCACAACGAAGACGUGGUCACUUCGCUCGGCAUCUCGAUGCAGAGCGCCGACGGCGACCUACAUGACUGCAUUGCGCACGAGAAGAUGUUGCGAGACAUGAAGAUCUAUGAGGUGGUCGAGCAGGCGAUUGCGGCGCGCAUGGCGGACGUCAGGGCGCAGUCUCUCAAGACCAUCUUGCUCGAGCAGCGUGUCGGCGAGCUGCAAGCCAAGCAGCAGCAGGCAAGCGCCCUGUAA